AUGGUCAAGGAAGGAUACUUGUUCAAACAAGAAAAGUCUUCUCUCCGUAAAAAUCAGCACUGGCAAAAGUACUAUUGUAUUUUGACAGCUGAUCGUUUAGAUUUAUAUGAAAAAGAAGGUCAAAAGAAUGUGAAACUGAGCAUUAAAAUUAAAGAUAAAUAUGUCGCAGAAGGAUGUGAUAACUUUUCGAGAAAAGUUGACACUUUCAAGAUUGAAGAAUCAUCGAAAAAGGUCCAUUAUUUCAAUUGUGCAUCACCUUCCGAGUACAAAGCUUGGAUGAAUAUGCUUGCAAUUCAUGGAGCGAAUCCUAUUCAACCUCCCUAUCAAUCAAGAGAACAUUUAUUUAGCACAGAUCUCAACGAUCUUUUUGGAUUUGAUGAAUGGUUGAAGGAAGUUAAAAAUUCAGUUUCAAAAUCCUAUCCAUCUGUGAUUGCACACUGGUUUUUAUUUGUUUAUGACAAGAAGGAGAAGAUAUUUAUUCCUCGAAUGGUCUUAAUGCAUGAAACAGGAAUUGUUACAUGCUACAGUAAAGAAAAUGCUAAAGAAGUAUUUAAAUUCACCACCAAUGAUGCCGAAAUUACCAUUUAUUCCCAAUCUGAAGCUGUAUUUUAUGAUCCGAUCUCCAUUAAACAAAAGGCAAAUAUUUUACCUGAGGAACAAUUAGAUACUGCUCUCUUGACACCCAUUACAUCAAUUAUUUCUGUAAAAACAAAUGAAAAGUGGCUCAUUCCUACACCUUAUUCUGAGAAAGCCAUGGAUGCCAUUUGCAGAUAUAGAAUUAAUAUUCGUACAAAUUAUGACGAUGUUGUCAUGUUGGUGGCAAAAGAAAAGGCAGAAAUUUUGGAAUUCAUUGGAGCAGCUCAAAAGUCUGGCUCCAAGCUCACCAUUAAUGUCAAACACAUCAAUGAAGAAAUUGAUGACAAUGGAGAUAUUAUUCGUGACAGCUACAUUCUCAGUGCUGUUAAAGAUUCUUGCAAAAUUUCUCUCGCUAAAGGAAAGAUUUUGGAACCUUUUGUUGCUCAAAACAAAUUUGAAACCAGCGUAGAAACGGAUGAAAUUGUGGAAAUUCUAGAAUCCUACAAGAAUCAAGGUAUUACAUUGAUCAGAAAAACAGAUUCUAAUGAACAAGGUCUCGUUCCUGCUCACAUCGUUCAAGAACUCCGAAAAAAAGAAAUUCCAAAAGAUUUGGACCAAACUGUGAAAAAAAAGACAGCAGCUCCGAGAAGAUUGCCAGAUCGAAAUGCAAAGAAUAUUAGAGAAAGUUUGGCAAUUACUGAAAUGCAACAUGAAUUAUUUGAGAAUGCAAUUGAUAGAAAGAAUCCAAAAGCAAAGCCUCCUGAAAUGCAUCCCUACGAGCUCAGUAAGGAAGAACAAUCUCAAGCAGCAAGUUUUCCUCCUCCACCUCCUCGUCGUUUCACACCUGAAGUUGAAGUUGCAUUUAAGAAAGUAUCAGAGAUUUCUGGAACAAGCGUCACCACAACCUUGUCUUCCACUUCAACCUCUCAAGAACUAACAAAUACCGCAACGGACAAGCAACCUCCUCAAAUUCCAGAGGCAAAACCUAAAAAAUCUUUCAUACAUGCAGUAUCAAGCUCAAUGGACAGUUUGACACAAAACUCUACAACUUCGAAUCCAAAGCUUCCUGUUGGUGCUGUGAAUCCACUUUCUGGAAGAAUUCCAGUUGGAGGAGUGGGACUUCCAAUUAAGACAACACCUGGAACACCUCAGGAUAAGGUGACUCCAGGUGAAUCCAAAGACUCUAAUUCGACACCAUCUGAUAAGAAUGAUGAUAAGAGUAUUGAUAAUUUUGGAAAAUUGACAAAGGAAAAUGAAACUCUCAAGAAACAAAUUGAGACUGAAAAGGAAAAUUCAGAUUAUUUAACCAAUCAAUUAGGAAAAUUGAGAGAAGAAAUUGCAACACUAAAAACCAAGAAUCAAGCUCUUGAGAAAGUUAACACUGAAAAUGUUGAGAAACUCAAACAAUAUCAAGGUUCACAAUCCAACAAUGAACAAUUGAAACAAAUCAACAAUCUUCUUGACACUAUUAAUCGUCUCAAAGACGAACAUCAGAAGGCUAUCGAAAAGAUCAAGAAAGAUCACAGUGAAGAAUUAGAAAGAACCACCAGAAAACUCACCUUAGAAUUUGAGACUGAGAAGAACAGUUUGUUGAGAAAAUUGGAGGAACAACAAAAGAAGAUUUCCAAGCCAGUCAAUCCAUUGCUUGCAAACAAGCCAACAGUUGGAAGUAGCAGUGUCAGCACUAUCAAGUCAGCAGGAUCCAGUCUAUCAACAAACUCGUCUGACUCUUCUUUGGAGGAUCUCAAGCGUCAACUUGAGCAAGAAAAGGCUCUUAGAUUGGAAGAGACAAGAGAACUCAAAGAACAACUUAGAGCCAUCUCCAAAAAGAUGGAAUUUGAGAGAGAACAAUAUUUACCACUCAUGCAAUGGGUACAAUCUCAAAAACAAUAA